CUGAGAAGCCGCCCUUUUGCUCCCUCUAGGGUUUUGCUUCCUUUCUCUCUCUCUCUCUUAAUUUAUAUAUAUACAUACACUUGAAAGACAGUCUUCUUUGAAGGUGCAUCUGUAAUGGCGUCUUCUCUAAUCAGAUCUGCUGCUCCUAUUCGCGAGGCUUUGCGUGCAGAUCUUUCGUCCUCGGCCACCUCUUUCAUUUCAGCUCAUCAGUCCAAGGCAUCGCACGUUGGUUUCAGUCGCAGUUUAAGUUCUUUAGAGUCCAACAUUUGUGCUAAAGUUGUUCAAAGCAGCUCUGUUUCAACCAAAAAAAUUAGCACCAGAAAUAUUAGACCAAUUAAAGCAACUGCAACUGAGAUUCCUCCUGCGUUUCAAGUGUCAAGGAGCGCCGGGAAGACCAGAAUUGGGAUCAAUGGUUUUGGUAGAAUUGGAAGAUUGGUUUUGAGGAUAGCUACUUCAAGGGAUGAUAUUGAGGUUGUAGCUGUAAAUGAUCCAUUCAUUGAUGCCAAGUACAUGGCAUAUAUGUUUAAGUAUGAUUCUACUCAUGGAGUCUUCAAGGGAACCAUCAAUGUGUUGGACCCAACCACAUUGGAGAUCAAUGGGAAACAAAUCAAGGUUGCCAGCAAAAGGGACCCUGCAGAGAUUCCAUGGGGAGAUUAUGGCGCAGACUAUGUGGUUGAAUCUUCAGGUGUUUUCACGACUAUUGAGAAGGCCUCUGUUCACAAAAAGGGUGGUGCCAAGAAGGUGGUAAUUUCUGCUCCAUCAGCAGAUGCACCCAUGUUUGUGGUUGGCGUAAAUGAGACUACUUAUAAACCCAGCAUGGAUAUUGUUUCUAAUGCUAGCUGCACUACAAACUGUCUUGCUCCUCUAGCCAAGGUGGUGCACGAGGAGUUUGGCAUAGCAGAAGGUUUAAUGACUACAGUCCAUGCAACUACAGCAACCCAGAAGGCUGUGGAUGGUCCAUCAAUGAAGGACUGGCGUGGCGGACGGGGUGCUGGGCAAAACAUCAUCCCUAGUUCAACUGGUGCUGCCAAGGCUGUUGGUAAAGUUCUUCCAGAACUAAAUGGCAAACUCACUGGAAUGGCUUUCCGUGUCCCAACACCAAAUGUCUCUGUUGUAGACUUAACUUGCAAACUCGUGAAGAAGACCUCGUAUGAAGAGGUCAAAGCUGCCAUCAAGUAUGCAUCGGAGGGCCCACUCAAUGGAAUCCUUGGGUACACUGACGAGGACGUAGUAUCAAAUGAUUUUGUUGGUGAUUCUAGAUCAAGCAUAUUUGAUGCCAAGGCGGGAAUGGGUCUGAGUGCUGAUUUUAUGAAGCUUGUUGCUUGGUAUGACAAUGAGUGGGGAUACAGCAAUCGGGUUUUGGACCUUAUAGAGCAUAUGGCAUUAGUUGCAGCUUCUAGCAAUUAGGUGUCUGAAGAUGCUCCAUCUUUUUGUAUGAUGAUGAUCCAUCAAUAGUCUUAUUUUAGAUCUUUCUUAUGACAUAUGUGUUUACAAAAUCUGGCUAUAUGGGCUAUAUAUAGCAUUUGGGAUUGAUAACCUUGUUAUUUUAGAAUAUGGCUAUGUUUUGCAGUUGCAUGCAAAAUGUUGCUGCAAUGUUCUGCUGAAUAAUGUAGUGGAAAAUAGUUGUUGGACUUGGAGAGACAUGAGGUUCUAUGCAUUUGUUUUGCACUUGUUA